AUGGAUAAAGAGCAUACGUUCUUAUCAUUUAUAUUAACAAAUUGGAAAUUCGAUGAAAAUAACUUAUAUCAUAAACGUAAAGAUUUAAUACAUGAAUUAAAAUUAAAUGUUAAAACAUUAAUGGAAUAUGCUUCAGUUUGUCGUUCAAUUCCUGAAGAUAGUACACAUGUAAUUAGUUUUUGUGCAUUAGUUCAUGGUUGUCUUCGAAUUGGUUUAAAAACAUCACCAUUUCUAUUCAAUCAAACUAUAUCAACUUAUGCUAUAUUACAUAAAAUUUCAAAUCAAUGUGAUCCAGCUAUGGAAAUAAUCAAUAAAUUUGAAAAACAUUUCAAUCCAAUUGAAAAUAAUCAUAGGAACAAUUCACAAUCUGAUCACCAUGACAACGACCACGACCACCAGCACCAGAACCAGCACCACCACCACCAACAACAACAAUCAAUAAAAAGAGAAUAUAAAUCAAAUUUAAAAAAACUUUUUCAUUAUUCAGAAAAUAAUAAAAAUAAGUUUGAUAAAGAAAAUGAUAAAAACUUUCUAGCUGGAAAGAAAUUUUAUUCAAAAUUAAGAACUAAUCAUAACAAUUCAAAUAUUGAAUGGAUUCAUUUUGCACUUGUAGAGAAACUACUUGAACCCAUUGUACAACAUAUAUGUUCAAGAGCAAAAGAAUUUUACAGUUCUGAUAGCAUUGUGGCUAAUCAAUGUGAUGUGAAUGUAUUCUUAUCUUUGAUUAGAGGUCCAUGUGCAAUUAAUUAUUCAUCAGGUAUUCAUGAAGAUUCAUAUUGGUUAAAUUUACAUGCAAAUGAAUUAAUUGAAAGGCAAAGAUUCACUUCAAUUACAAAUCAAAAUAAAACUAUUUAUAGUCCAUUAAAAGCUUCACAAAAAACAAAAUCAUCUAUAGUUCACAUGGCAACUAUUGAUGAUGAUAAUAAAAAUAAAAAAAUUGAUAAAACAUUCAAAAAAAUUAGAAAUUCUUCUACAUUAUCAGACUCAUCAAUUACAGAUACUACUACUACUAAUAAUAAUAAUAAUAAUAAUAUAGAUAGUUUAUAUCAAACAAGAAGAAGUACAUUACUCUAUGGAAAGAAUAAUGUUAUGUUAGGUGAUGAUCAAAAUUCUCUUGGUUAUUUUGAAUUAAUCAGUUCUACAAAUGAUUUAUUACUUAAAUGGACAUCGAAUAAUUUAUUAUUACAAGCAUCCUAUGGUAAAUUUGAUCAUAAUCAUAACAACGAUGAUAAUCAAUAUAAUGUUGAUCAAAAGAUGUUCAAUGAUUCAAUAUAUGAAUGGAAUAAUCUUAAAGUUCUAGACAAAUGUAUCACUUCACAAAGUUCACAAUCAGUCAAGAACAAUAAAAGAAUUGAUUAUGGUUUCCAAUUGGGAAUUCUCACAGUAUCAAUGAAAAAAAUUGAAUAUGUUCACCUACAUCAAGACGCAUCCAAUGAAUAUUGUAUCAUUUUAAUUGGUUUUGAUGGAAUCCCACAUCCACCAAUACGAUUGCACGGUGGAUUCAAUGCUGUUUAUAAUUUUCUAAUAUGUUUGGACCAAGGUUUACAACCUAUUGCCUGUUUAAAUCCAUCACCUACUGAAUUAGAUGAAGUCAUUGAAAAGGAUGAAGGAAAAGAAUCAAGAACAAAUGAAAAUCAGAAAAUCAAGUUUAAAUUAUGGAAUUUAAUUGAUUUUCUAAAUAGAACAAAUGAAUCUAAUGAAAUCUGUAAACAGCCAAUUGUCAUACAAAGUAAAAAUGAUAAAAAUCUAUCUAAGGAUCAUGACGAUGAUGAUGAUGAUGAUGGUGAUGGUGAUGAUGAUAUCAAUGAUCAUGAUGAUGUGAAUAACAAGAAUGAAAUCAAUUCAAAUCAACCACCAAAUAAUGAAAAUGUAACAUGCUUUCAUGAUGAAAAGAGCGAGUUGAAAAGAUCAUUGAUAAUCUAUAAUGAAAGAUAUAAAAAUAUAGAAACUAAAGGUGUUAUAUUUAAAGUUAUGCGUUUUGAUAUCUCAAUGAAUAAGGAAACUGAUAUUUUCAUAGAACAAGAUAAUACAGACAUACCAACUCAUUCAUCAAUAGAACAUACAAAUAAUAAUGAACUAAAACAAACUGAUACAAUCAAUAAUCCAAAGGAUCAAAUAUCUCAGGAAGAAGAAGAAUUAAUGAAUCCAAUUGUAACAAUCAAAUUACAAUUAAUAUUGAGAACUUUCAAAGCUUGGUUUACAUAUACUCGCCAUAUGAACAAUGUACGAAAGCUUCUAUCAUCAUUAGUUAUUCAUUCUGAUAUUAACUAUACAAAUUCAUUCGAUCAAUGUAAGAAACUAACCAAAGAAAAAUGGAAUGAACUAUUUGUGAGUGUUUCAGAUAAAAAAAAUUUUGAUCCUCGACCCAUUUAUGAAUGUAUAUAUUUUGGAGGUUGUGUAUCAGAAUUACGCAAUGAAGUUUGGCCUUAUCUACUCGGUGUAUAUAAUUGGACAAUGAGUGAAGAAGAAAAACAAACUAUCAAUGAACAAUUAAAAGUACAUUAUAAUGAAAAAAUAAAAGAAUGGACUAAAAUAGAGAAGAUUAUUCGUGAUAUGGAACAAAAUCAAACCAUAAAUACAACAUUAUUAUCACAAAUGAACAAUUGUCAAACUACUGAUAAUCUGACACACAAUUCAUCUUCUUUAAUUGAAUGUAAAGAAAAUAUUUUAAAGCAGUUUUCCCAUGCAUUAGAUUCUGUAAAGAAAGAUGUUGUAAGAUGUGAUAGAAAUAAUUGUGUCUAUUCUAAAUUUGAUUCACAUGGUGAUCGUAAUUUGGCUACAAUUGAACGAAUCUUAUUAACUUAUGUAUGGGAAUAUCUUGAUGAUGAAUAUACUCAAGGAAUGUGUGAUAUAGUUGCACCAUUAUUAGCAUUAAAAUUAGAACAUUCCAUACCAUCAUCCAUAGAUACCAAUAAUCAAUCUUCAUUGAUAAUAAAUGAGAAUUCAAUAGAAUUAUUAAAUGAAAUUGAAAUUAGUACUUAUAUAUUAUUUAAGUAUUUAAUGGAAAAUCAUUUAAAAAAAUUAUUUGCAAAAGAAACUGCAACAUAUUAUAUGGAUCAAAAAUUUGAUCAUAUCAAAUCAUUAAUACAGAUAUUAGACCCUGAAUUAAUUGGUCAUUUACAGAAAUUCAGUGAUUUUACACAUUUCUACUUUUGUUAUCGAUGGUUUUUAUUAUAUUUUAAAAGAGAAUUUAAUUAUCAAGAUAUUUUUCAAAUAUGGGAAGUUAUUUUAUGCGCUGAACAUAUAAUCUCUAAUGAUUUUAGUUUAUUUAUUGCUUUAGCAUUAAUUCAAUAUUAUAGAGAUGUGAUCUGUUCAAAUCAUAUGGAAUUAACUGAUAUUCUAAAAUUUUUUAAUGAACGCGCUGAACAUCAUAAUGUUGAUGAUAUUUUAAAUCUUGCUCGACAUUUUGCAAAUACUGUUCAAAAGUUAACUAGUAAAACCAAUGAUAAUUAAUAUAUACUUGUUGUAAUCCAUAUAACAUUCAAUGAAUGAAUAAUGGUCAUGGUAAUAGUCUUGUACAAGGUACUUCAUAUAUCUGGUCAUAGAUAUAUAUAUGUUGGUUGAUAUGAUGUAAUAGUUCAAUUCUAUAUUGAUUUCAAUCAGUAUAUACUGUAAUCAUUAUUGCGUAACCUUUUUUUGUUGUUUUUCUUACUUUUGUUUAGUUGUGAUUGUUUCAAUGAUGUUGUUAUUGUUUUUCUCUCGAUUAGUUUUCUUUUUGCCAUUUCAUAAUCUACUCCAUUGUUCAUUUUUAUAUUAAUGUAUACAAUGGAAUAAGAUUUUGUUAUCUA